AUGGUGCCCCAUCCCCAACAGACAGCCCUUGCCCACUCGCUUCGCGACCCGGAGAGCUUCUGGGCCGGGCCUGCGGAGCGACUCCACUGGCACCGCAAGCCAUCACGAGCACUGACACAGCGCACUAAGACGGUGGCCGGUGGCCAGCACCCGCACUGGUCGUGGUUCGCGGACGGGGAGCUCUCGACCUCGUACAACUGCGUCGAUCGUCACGUGCAGAAUGGGCUCGGCGAUGCGGUCGCCAUCAUCUGGGAGUCGCCCGUGACGCACACGGUGGAGAAGUACACCUACGCACAACUGCUCGGUGAAGUCGAGGUGCUGGCCGGGGUGUUACGCGAGGAGGGCGUCCGCAAAGGCGACGUGGUGAUCCUCUACAUGCCGAUGAUACCCGCGGCGCUCAUCGCCGCGCUAGCAGUGUCCCGCCUGGGGGCGAUCCACGCCGCCGUGUUUGGCGGAUUCGCCGCACAGUCACUGGCGCAGCGUAUCGAGGCCGCGCGGCCGCGGGCUAUCAUGACCGCGUCGUGCGGGAUUGAAGGAGCCAAGGGUCCGAUUGCGUACCGGCCACUAGUGGAGGGCGCAAUCGCAGCGAGCGCGUUCAAGCCGGACAAGGUCAUCGUGUGGCAGCGAGACCAGCUGCGAUGGAAUAACCCGGAUAAGCUGGGCGGGCAGCGCAACUGGCAGCGUCUGGUGAAGAGCGGGCGUAUGCGCAAUGUACGCGCAGACCCGGUGCCCGUGAAGAGCACUGAUGCGCUCUAUAUCAUCUAUACCAGUGGAACGACAGGCUUGCCGAAGGGCGUCGUCCGCGAGGUCGGCGGGCAUGCCGUGGGCCUGGACCUGUCGAUGCGGUAUAUCUUCAACAUAAAUGGGCCGGGCGACGUGAUGUUCUGCGCGUCCGACAUCGGUUGGGUCGUUGGUCACUCCUAUAUCCUAUACGGCCCACUGCUCGUCGGCGCCACGACGGUGGUGUUCGAGGGCAAGCCCGUCGGCACACCUGAUGCCGGGGCAUACUGGCGUAUCAUCGAGGAGCAUAAAGUGAAUGCGCUAUUUACGGCGCCCACGGCUAUGCGCGCAGUCCGUAAAGACGACCCGGACAACCAGCUCUUCCAUCAAGUCGCGAAGCGCGGCGGCCUUAGAACACUGCGGGGUUUGUUCCUUGCUGGCGAGCGCAGCGAGCCCAGCAUUGUGCGUUUCUACCAAGACCUACUGUCACAGCACGCCGCCCCCGGCGCGCUGGUCAUCGAUAACUGGUGGUCCUCGGAGUCUGGGUCCCCGAUCACCGCACUUGCGCUGCACAGCAGCGCUGCAGCGCAUGAAAAAUCGCCUAGCAGUACAGACACACCGUUGCCGGCCCGGCCCGGGUCUGCGGGCCAGCCAAUGCCUGGGUUCGAUGUGCGGGCUGUGAACGACGAGGGAGUAGAAGUGCCACGCGGGACGAUGGGGAACAUCGUGCUGGCGGCGCCGCUUGCGCCGACGGCGUUCACGACACUGUUCGCCGACGAGGAGCGGUUCUACCGCGGGUACAUGAAGCGGUUUGGGGGGCGGUGGGUGGACACGGGGGAUGCGGGGAUGAUUGAUGCCGAGGGCUAUGUACAUAUCAUGGCUCGGUCAGACGACAUCAUCAACGUUGCGGCGCACCGCUUCAGCACAGGUGCCAUCGAACAAGCUAUCCUCAGCCACCCGUCUAUCAGCGAAGCCAGCGUAGUCGGCAUCCCCGACCCACUGAAGGGUCACCUGCCCUUCGCGUUCGUGCACCUGCGUGACAGCGCAGACCCGGACCCGGCUGCUGCGCUCCCAGCCGUUGCACCGGCAGCGUUGUUCAACGAGGUCAAUGGGCUGGUGCGGGCGCAGAUUGGGGCAAUUGCGUCGCUAGGCGGAAUGAUCCAGGGCCGGGGUAUGAUGCCGAAAACGCGGAGUGGGAAGACGCUGCGGCGGGUGCUGCGGGAGCUGGUGGAGCAUGGGGUGGCCGGGCGGAUUGGGGCGCCUGUGAGCGUGCCGCCGACGGUAGAGGAUGCUGAGGUGGUGGAGGUUGCGAGGGCGCGGGUGCGUGAGUACUUUGAGACAAGGGCCGCCGGGGGGGCGACGAAGGCGAGGCUAUGA